GGGUGAGCGCGCGCGCGCGCGCGAUCGCUUCCCGCACCGUGGAAUAAAACCUUCCGGACGCGUGGCGGCAGCUCACAUUCGAAACGCGUCCGUCCACGAGUGCGGUAUCAAGUGCCGACGGUAUCAAAGUGUUGUUUUUUGUUCGGUGCGUGUGUGUGUGCUAGAAAACUAUAGAGACCGGUAAGUGUGAGUGUAUGUGUGUAUGUGUGUGCUUUGAGUUUAGGGUUGCAUCGAAUUCGAUUUUCUCGAAAGGGUUCAUCGCUAUCGGUUGCAUUGAAGUCUCUCGUCUCGCCUUUGCCCGCUGCAACGGUGGCUUAUCGGAUUCGAAUACUGUUUUGUGUGUGUUGGCCUUGGAAAUAUUCAGUGGUUUCAGUGUUUACCGUUUACAGGCGGGUCGGACUGGAAAGUCGACGGAUGUGUGUCAAUCGAAAGUUGCUAAACUUCCAGCAAAAGCAACAAACAAACGAAAUCCACCGUAAAAGGGAUAUCCCGUAAAAAGUGAUCCUGUGCGCUGCUGGUUGCAGUGCAUAUUUGGUGCCGGUUUCAAACACAAAAGUGCCGUUGCUGUUUUUGGGGGGAGGCUUGUUGUUGGUGGUAAUCCAUUGUAAAGGGAGUCCCAAGUGAAGCGGUCGGGCACAUCCGUUAAUGAGUAGAAAAUUAUGCAACGAGGAUAGACUUUUAGGAUGGCGUUCAGGUCACGACUGUGCUGGAGUGUGCACGGUUAUGUAGCGGUGGGGUAAAGCGAGUGUUUGUGUUAAUGUAUGCUGUAAACCUUGUGACCUUUAUUCGCUAAUGAAUAGUUCCGUAUUUCAAAGCAGUGGUGAAGGCCUAAAGACUUGCCUUUGUGUAUGUAUGUAUGUAUGUAUGUAUAUAUGUUUCACAAGAAGAUGAUUUGCAAAACCGGGCUCAAAUAACAACCGAUCAUGUCUCGUGGAUUAAAGAUCGUGUUUCAUUUGUAGAGGUGUAUGAGAACGCUGAAACAUGUCGCUUGAAACUGUGUCGUACUUGAAGGUUGAAUCCCCUCAGACGCAUAGAUUGACCCGAGUGUAACACAAACGCAUUCCUUCAUUUUACCCAAUUAAAUUACCCUUCAAGUGGUGUCUUCUUUUUAUGGUCCUUUUUUUCUCAACCAUCACAAACUCCCUCCCAACUAGCAGCUCUAUAUGCUUAGUAAAAAAAGCCACGAAUUAAUGCUUUCCAAGCAGGACGUGGACGUGGUGGCUCACUACUCACCAUUCGACCACAGUCGUCGACAAUUUGAUGUGCAAAGUGCCUAGAGAUUGUAAAUCAAAUUAGUGUGCGCCAAGUGCCGGGCGAACCCAUUCCCAACCCAACCCGCUUGUGCCUGCUGACCUUGCAGUAAGCCCGCUCCAUUGCUAUGCAGUGUUAGUACAACUUUCGCUGUCGUUUCAAUUUUCUACCCAUUUGGGCGAUUUGCGCAUUCGGCGAGUGGAGCGCCCCACAACAGCAAGGGGGUGGAGCGGGAAUAAAUAUUACUAAUUCACGAAUAGCUUGCUCUCCGUGUGACGCUUUGCUGGUAGGGCAAGGUUGUACCAGACAGCUGGUGCGUAAAGCAUACCAAAAAUCAGAUUGUUUUGUGCUGGGGCAAAUGUCGUUUGUCUACGCGAUAUAUGAACAAAAAAUUAGAAGACUGGCACACCAUAAAUGCAGCUUUGUCGCAACGUAUUAUUAAGUGGCUUUUAGACUAUUUUAUUGCAUCGUUGGUUGGUUGUAGAUAGGGUGCAGCAGCAGCACAAAAUGCCAAUGAAAGAAAAGAAUUUAGUGUUGUUCCCCCCACCCGGUGAGGGUGUAAAUUGAAUGUUUUGCAAUUCGUUUUCAAAACAGCGCGGCAGCACAUUGAACUUUACAGCACCGUUCAACUGUUGUACCGAACAGAACAGAAUGACAACAGGCGUUUAUUUAAUGACACUUUCGGGGUGUGAUGUUUUAUUAGCACUGCAACGUGAAAAGUAUAACCCCUUUAUAAAUCGUGCUACAAUGUGUACGAUUAUUUGGUUUGCUUGAUUGUGCAUGCCGACAUGUAAAUGGAUGUGAGAGAUGUUGUAAAGAACAAAGCUUAUAGGAGAGACAGUGGUAAAUGGUUGUAUUGAUAGAAGCGCAUCCUAAUAGCAAGACAAAUGUGUUAAGUGCAUAGUAUAAUUAGUUGCAAUACAAGGGGUUUUCAGAGAUUCUCAUAGUUGUGGGAGACUCAAGAAUGUCUCUUUCUUACGAAAAAAAAUAAGCUUUAUACGAUGGGAAUUGGACUCUACAGCACCCUUUUUGGAAAAUAAUCUAAUAAGAUUUACCAAUCAGGUAGUCCAUCAAGAGUGCCAUGGAUUUAAAUCCCAUAGAAUAUAGUCAACUUUAAGAGUCAAGAGUCAAGGAAGUGCCCGAUAGCUUUGAGAACCUUUGUAAACCCAUAUAAAAAGACGCACUAGAUUCGUUGGUCAUUCUGUGGAUUCGUCGCUUAGUUAAAUUUUUAGAACGAAAUUAAACGUUUGCCUAUAAAAGAACUCACUUUUACAAUACAGGGUUUUCGAUGAUUAUAUAGACAUGUUCAGCGAGUUGUAGUUUCGUUCAGACAUAUAAUAGACUCUUUCAGCGAGAUAUAGAAUUGUUAGGAAGUAGGUGUUGACAUGUUCAGCGAUUCUGUAGUGCUGUCGUUUGUUUUGUUUACACACUGUGCCUUAGGGUUCAAUUUUUCAUUCUUGAAAGUCUUAAAAGUAGCUAAUAAUCAUUCCUCAAGCUGUUCAAUACAUGAAUUAGUUAAAACAAACAUAUUUUUACGAAAAUCGUUUGUUUACCUUCAGAUGAGAAUGAUCCAAGCUGCAGUCCAAGGGGUUCGAAAGUGACAUCUUUACAGUAUAACCGAACAUGUCAACGCCUACUUCCGAACAAUUCUAUAUCUCGCUGAAAUAUUCUAUUAUAUGCCUGAACGAAUCUACAACACGCUGAACAUGUCUAUGUAAUCCUCAAACACCCUGUAAUACCAUUGAUUCUUCCUACAAUAAUGUACCACAAUAUACCUCUUGAAUGACCUCAAUAUGAGGUCUUUUUUCAUUCUUAAAGCUAUGCUUGAACUCAGAAAGCGAAAGGAGGCUGUCGGCCUUUGCUUUCCCGUUGUAUAAUGCCCCGCCAGUCGUUAAUGAACGCCUGUUUUCUUCUUAGCAUUUCAAUUUUAACUUUGAUCUAAUUUCAACCGUUCCACCGAACUAAAGCUCCCUUUCCCCUCCAAAAAAACCUCAUCAAUCUCCGGCUGCGUGGUUACCAAAAAAGCGAACAACAACCUUCUUCCCAUUGUCGAGAGCGGGGUUUCUUUCGGGGGGUUUUUUUUGACGUCAAUUCGUCGCAGCAUCGAUCACCCAGCACACCAACCAGUACGGGCCAGCCAGAACAACAAACAAACCUGCUACGCACCUUGUUAACGGCGCACCACGCUUCCGUUCCGGGCGCUCCAAACGCUUGGUUUUGUAAUUAACCUUCACAUCAACCGGCUUAUCACCUUCGGCUAGUUAUAUAUUAAUGACGGUACCAGUUCAAUCGCCGUCCCAAGAAUUAUCGUUUUGUUGUCCAUUCUGGCACGCAAGCGCCACGUGUGUUGAAUUUUGUAAGAUUAGCGUAACCCCCGUACCAGGACGCUAUCAAUAUCGAAAACAUCGUAAUGCGAUCGUGUUUGGAAUGUUGAAUCAUUACAAUAACAACAACAAUAACCCUCCUACUUCCGCUUCGAUUUGUUUACAGAACUCACCAGUGUGCUCACCGUCAUGCCGGAAAUAAAGGCGGUAGCGAAAAGUGCGCCAAACGCACGCAAGGACCAGACGGAAGAUGUCACCAGUGCCGGUGACGCCCCAGUGACCCUUUUCGCCGAUCAGCCCGAACGCGUGAGGAAGAUCAACGAACUGCGCAAGCUGAUACAAAACUACGAUGACUGCGAGCGUAGAAGCGACGAACUGUUUCUCUGCCGAUUUCUGUACUGCUGCGACUGGGACGUACAGGAAGCGUUUGGGCGCAUCGUGAAACUGAUCAAGCUGAAGGAAGCGAAUCCGGAAUGGUUCUUCCACAAACCGAUCGCCACCUACAGCGAGCUGCUGAAUCGAAAUGUAAAGUUCGCGCUGGACCGGCGCGACCGGCGAGGCCGGCGCGUCUUUAUCACCCGCCUCGGGGCGAUCGACUUCUCCAGCAUGGCCGUGACCGAUCUGGCCAAUCUGGACGAUAUCUGGUUCGAGCUGAUGCUGAACGAGCUCGAGACGCUCGAGAGCGGCGUCACGUGCCUGAUCGAUAUGAGCGGCUACUCGCUGAAGAGCUUUCGGUUUCUAACGCCACAAAACAUACGCAUCGGGUCGGCUAAGACGGAUUUGUUGCCGCUGAAGAACAUCGAAUUUCACGUGGUCAACUCUUCGGUGUUUAUGAAUGCAGCGAUCGCCAUCCUGUACCCGAUGCUGAGCAAGAAGAUUAAGGACCAGGUACGCUUCCACUACUCCAACUGGGCGUCACUGCACGAGUACAUUCCGGCGGACAUACUGCCGGCCGAGUAUGGGGGCACCGCGGGGAAAACGUUCGACUUUCAAACCAUCCACGGCCAGGUGCUGGAUCGUGCGAACGAUUUCGAUCGAUUACUGACGUACGGUGUACGGGAUGGGUCCGCUCCUACCGCGACUGCUGCUACGGCACCGAUUGUCUCCAAGGGCAAGGGAGGUAAAGCGAAGGGAAAGCACAGAGAGACGGAAAAGAAAAAGUCACUGGCGGGGUGCACUGUCGAGGAGUAAAAUCUAAGUGAUAUACCGUAGCAAUUAGUGAUAAGGUUGUUAGAUGUAGAGCCUUUAUUCUUUUACAAAAAAAAAAAACAAACAGAUAGCAAAUAAAGUGCCCAUGGGAAAAUUGGAAGUAAUUUUAAUGGAAGUCAUGUCACCGCUUAUCAAAACACACGCUCCGGUAAUGAGUCUGCGGAUGAGAAAUUCCCCUUCACGCAGGCUGUUUUGCACGGUCAAGAUAGCGAGCUGAUAAAAAAGACUUCGUCAUAUCGAACAAAGAUACCAUACCUAGACCACAACUUCUCAAGUAGUGCGAUGACAUGUUGAAGUGGGUUUUAAAAGUAAAUAAAGCUUAUUAUAAAAGCGAAAUGGCUUGCACACUUGGUAGGUUUUUGCGUACAUCAAAACGAUGAAACUACUUCUGAUAGGAGUGCUAGCGCUUUGCCUUGGGCAG